AAGCUGAAUAAAAACGGGGAAUCUGCAGGCCUCGUGUCCGUUUGCAUUGCAGACAAGGGAGAUAAGCUUAGUCGCUUAGCAACAGCGCAGUAUUCAGGAAGAGACUAGGAAGAGCAUCUCCUCAUCCUCAUAGCAUUUCUCUGAUACACAUUACACGUGUGUGUAUGAUGGGUUCGGCGGUGUGGGCGCUGGUUUUGAGCAUGGCGACGCUGGUGUGCGGACGGAGCGCGCGCGCCGACGCGGACAUCGAGCGGCUCCUGCACGGGGUGAUGGAGCAGCUGGGCAUCGCGCGCCCGCGCGAGGAGUUUACAGCGCACCAGGCCGCUAAUGUCGCAGGGCCUCUGAGCAUCCAGGGUGGUGCUCAUGAAGGACUUCAGCAUCUGGGCCCAUAUGGAAACAUCCCUAACAUUGUUGCAGAACUGACCGGAGACAAUGUCCCAAAAGACUUCAGUCAGGACCAUGGAUAUCCUGAUCCCCCUAACCCAUGCCCUCUGGGAAAAAUGGCUGCUGAUGGGUGCUUGGAGAAUUCACCAGACACAGCUGAGUUCAGCCGAGAGUUUCAGAAACACCAGCACCUCUUUGACCCAGAGCAUGACUACCGCUCACUGGCCAAAUGGAAUAAAAAGCUGUUAUAUGAAAAACUGAAAGGAGGACCAAAAAGAAGAAAAAGGAGCACCAACCCAUAUCUGAUGGGACAGAGACUGGACAAUGUGGUGGCUAAGAAAUCUGUGCCACAUUUCCCUGAGGAGGAAGAAAUGGAAACCACUACAAGACAAGCCUGAAUGUAAUAUUAUAAUGUCAGUUGUAUAAUAGAGUUGUUGUAUCUAUCAGUGCAUGUAAAAAAUUAAAACCAGUAAACUUGAAUCAUAAGAUGAAACUGUUGAAACUGAAGAUAGUGAUCAUUUCAAAUGUAUUUUGCCUCACAUAGUUUUUUUUGUUUUGAGAAGCAUAAAUAAAUACAUGUUCACGUGCAAA